AUGACUAGACACGUUCGUGUGUUAAAAGCUAGUGCAAAUCUGGAAAAUCCGGGUAUCUUGAACCGACAUUGCUUAAUACCUUUCCGUCAUAUCGCCAAAGAUUUCCUUGAACCUCUCUCCAAGCACAGCGUGAAGCAUAUAAUUCUCCUUACUCCGUCUGACGACGAGCCCAUCUGGAGAACGUGGUUCAAUGACCCCGCCAAUUCUGUAUCUCAGGACUUCAAGAACACUUACGGAGGAGUUAUGCUCCAAACAAGUCAUUUCCCUCUUCUCACUUCUUUGGAAAUUAGUGGCACUUGCUACGCUUUCAUGGCUGAGGAUGAUAUUGCUGAAUACGUUUGGAAACUUCCCAAUUUAAUCCGAUUCCGGGCCCAUAGCACAGCGACUCUAUCUUUCCCUACUAGGGCUCAUAAUGGCCAGCUUGAUAUAAGACUUCCCGAAUAUGUUGUUGUUGACAAGCUAUUCCAAUCGUUACAAAGCUUCGAAGUCUUGGGAACGAACCUCGACGAUAAUUUCUUCAGUAUCUUGUCGGGCGCACCCAAGCUCAAAAAACUUCAUAUUUAUCUACAGAAUCCCCCACGGCUUAUUGAGAGAAUGAAGGACUCUAUUGCCAAUGACGACAACACUUGGCCAAGCUUGAGGUCAGUUAUUUUAUCAAAUGUUGUGCGGACAAAUCCUCAGAGGAUUUGGCUUGAGAACUGGGGAAACGGUCGUGAUCCGCCGGUGAACAUCAGGUUUCAUCAAAGCCAGAGACUACCCGACGUACCUGGUCAGAAUGCAGACCAGGCGCAACAAAACCCCCAGGACCAACACAACCCAGAAGCAACAGACGGCGAUAAUUUAUCUGAUGGCGAGAAUAGUGAAUUGAGCGUCGAGGAUUGGACAUCUUCAAGUUGGCUAAGAGACCAUGAGUAA